CGUUUAUGCACCGGUGAACAAUGGCGGCUCGAAGCAAUGUUUGAAUAAAAAAAAAUUACAACAUGUAAACAUAUCAUUAGUAAGGACUUCAAGAUACAAGACAUGGAACAACAGACACGGGCAUCGAGAAAGCUGUGGGAUUCACCGAAGACAGCCACAGGUGCACGUCGAUCGAUAUGGGAACGUUCCCCAAGUCCAAGAUGUCGUACACCAACAGAAAGUGAACGUCAAACGUUCUGGAAGCGAUCACCUAGCCCAGGAUGCCAAACCCCAAGGAGACGUCCAAGAGUAGAACAACCAAAAUUAGAUCAAUGUUCAAAAUCUCCAUGGCAAUCAGAACACAACCAUGGAAAAUCAAAUGACCUGUCUACCAUUAUACAAAAAUAUGGUUUAAACACAUUUGUUUGUGCAGUGCAGACUGAUAAACAUAUUCCCAAAAACUUUGUUAACAGGGAUGAUUAUUUUUUAAAAAUAAUGCAAGAAGUUGACAAAUCAAUGAACAUCAAACAUGUUAUUGAACUCCAAAGGCUAUGUGAAAAAAUCCCUGACGAGACCAGAUUAGUAGAUUGUGGUGCCAAGUUCAAAACUGUUUUAUGGAAAGCUUCAAGGGCACACAAAGAACCACUUCUGAACUUCAUAGCACCUGUUGUUGACGCUUGUUUGAUCCCUGAUUGUGGAGGCAAGGUGUAUCCGGCGUCAAAAUCUAACAUCACACUGUUUAAAAUAACAGGUCCAGAACCAGGUUUGAAAUGCUCGCUCCGGUGUAGGUCAUGCGGAGCGAGGUAUUACAUCAGUCAUUAUACCAUCCCGAAUGUUGGCAGGCGUUACUAUGAUGUCAAAUACAAAACAUCACAAAAGGAGAGUUCAAAUUGGGUGUACUUUGAUGACAGCACUUAUGAAUUGAUGUGUGAAUCAGGGAACCAUGCCUUUGUAUCACACAAAGCAUUUGCAGAAAUAUACAAUGGCGUGUAUGAUGAAAAUCGGGCUCCGGAAUUCCAUGAAUGGAAAAAGGCUACAUUUGCUGAAUCAAGAUCUGAAGAUUCCAGCCUGGCCGGUGAUGAUGGUGAUGAUGGUGAUGAUGGUGAUGGUGUUUGUCAAGACGAUGAAUACUUAGUUUGGCGUACUUCUGCUCUAAAGAUACGAUCAACGGCUAUGCAUUCCAGUGUGCACUGAACAGGUCGUUCAAGGGCGCUGGUCUGCAGUGCUACUUGAAGGGCAGAGAGCUGUUCUUCAUCACGAACCGCCUCGAACGGGAGAUGCGGGAAACGGCCAGAGUGAAUGAAUGGGCCUGCGACAGGACACUUUUGAGAACGGCGGGCCUGAAUGGUGAUGAAAUACACCUGAGUACCACCCAGGUCUUCAACCUCACCAGCGCCAAAAUGCUCGACCCUUCAACCCUCUCCACCAUGUGGCUGCCAGAGUGGCCAGGGACACAUGUACCGAGGGCAGACCUCUUCCACCACAUCAGUCUGCCAAUCUCCAUUAAACCUCUGAGGAAAUUUCUGCGCAAGGCCGUUGUGGUACUGGGCGACAACUUUGGUGCUGCCGCUAUGGCGUGGGGUUACAUGUUCAUAUUGCAUAGGUACAGGUGGAUCCUGGAGAGUCUUCGGCACUUCAAUUUACCGGUAUUGUACGGCCCACCAACCGCAGGAAAAACGCUUGUUGCCAACUGUGGAGCCUGGUUGAACGGAUGCACGGAGUUGCAGAUUGCAUCGAGAUGCACCCUCUCAUUCCUGAUGGGUUGGUUUACUUCAUCGACCAUGCCCUUCGUUUGGGACGACCCGUCCGUCCCUGAUGAGGUUGGUCAACUGAGCGUUGACCUUGGGAACGGUGCUGUGCGUGGGAAGGCCACUGAAGCACCACAGGUUCCCGCUACAGCAUGUCUUGUUACCGCUAACUUCGACAUGGCGACGGUGUCUAGAUAUUAUACACGCCUGUGUGUUAUUAAAAUGGAACCGUCGUCGGUGGAGAAGGUUCCAGGCGCAGCUAGACAGCUAGAGGCUUUGGCAAGGGACGCAUCCUCGGCCCUACCUGUUGUAUUGAAAGGGAUGUUCAAUAUUACUGCCAGUGAAGUCCACGAGACCACGGCCGGCAUUAUGCCACAUCUUCCCGGGGACAUCCGCGUGGCUGAAGGAGUUGCUGUGGCACUUACAGCGACCCAAAAGAUUCGCGAUGAGAUAGUUGUUUCAGAUGCGACUGUUAAAAUCCUGAAAUCAACAUUUGCAAGAGAGUGCCUGUUGUCGGCAGAGGCCCUUGACAAAAUAAAGACGGCGGGAGGGCGGGUUAAUGUUGCUGGACGUCUGCUUGGAAGGGUGGCCAAGGUGGCCAUGAUCCCUGCCUCCCUCUUUAGUGAGGAAACGGUUGCAGCCUUGAGAAAUGCCUUUCUCGAUAUGUCUGAUGAAGAGUUGCAUGUACCAGUAGACGAACCGGUCGAGCAGACCCAGUCACUUGAAGAGAUUGUGCCACAUGUGAAGAAGGCGACGCUUUGGAGGAGAAACGGCCGUGCGUGCCUAAAACGUCCUAAUAGUGUUCAGAGGGGGUGUAGAAAGAGGAAACAUUCUAAUUAGUUUACACACAUAUGCUAUACAUAUGCUCUGGAUGUGGCAUAUCGAUUUGGAAUGUCACAUCUUUUGGAGUCGUGAAACAUAGCGAAAUAUUCGGAGUGUUAUAGUUAUGGUUUUGAGGUUUUGAAUUAUUUAUUAUGAAAUGAGGUAUUUCCAAAAAGUCUUAUUUAAAAAUAUAAUUAAAUACCAAAUGUAAGAAUGAUACACCCAACAAAAUAGACUUAUUUACAACCAUAUCUUAAUCUAUUGUUGAAUUGAAAAAGUUUAUCGUUACGUCAUGAAACAGUCGGACUAUGUAGUUAUAUUUUUGGAGAUUAUUAUUUAUUUAUUUUAAUUUAUGUUGUUAUUUAAUUGGUUAAAAUUACUACAUAAUUA